AUGAAGUUCUCCCUGUCCGUUAUCCAGACCCUGCUGGUCGGCCUUGUGGCCUCGGCCCCAGUCGAGCUUCUGGAGCGCAAGACCUACGGCACAACCUCCAAUGAAUACACCACUGGAGGCUGCAAGGGAGUCAUUCUCUUCUUUGCUCGUGGCACCUCACAGGAUGGCAACUUGGGAGACAUGCCAGGCCAACAGCUCGCCACAGCCCUCAGCAACGCCGUAGGCACCAACUUUGCCGCCCAGGGCAUCAACUACUCGGCCAGCCUGCUCGGCAACCUCAACUCGGGCGGGUGCCCGCCCACGGAAGCCGCCGAAAUGACGUCGCUGCUCAACGCGGCGGCCUCGGCCUGCCCGAGCUCCAAGCUCGUCGUCGCCGGCUACAGCCAGGGCGCCGCCAUGGUCCACCGCGCCAUCGAGGACGCCACCGCCACCACCGUCAGCCGCAUCGCCGCCGCCGUCACCUUUGGCGACACCCAAAAGGCCCAGGACGGCGGCAAGAUUCCCAACAUUGCCACCUCCAAGACCAAGAUUUACUGCAACACGGGUGACCUUGUCUGCGAGGGAACCCUGAUCAUUACCAGUGCCCACACCGAUUACCUCUCCAGCGUGAAUCCUGCCGUUCAAUUCAUCACGUCGCUUCUGUGA